CUUUUGUUCUUCGACACAAUUAAGUUCGGAUGGAACUGGCGAUCGAUCGAGUUCACGAUGAAAUUCAACUUUCCUAAUUCCCCUUGAUAAUCUCAAUCUCUAGCUUCCAGUUUGCUGAAUCGGCAGGUGGUGAAAACCACACACACAUCACAUCGCGUCUGCUACCUUGAUUUGACAAGGGAAAAAAAGAAGGAAUUGCCCUCUUAAAUGCCUUUCUUUCCUUCCUUCCUCUGUUACUUCCUCUUCAAAUCCUUCCCCAUUUCUUCCUAUUUAUAAUCCAUUAGCUACUCUCUUUUUUUCAAUCUUUCUUUCUUUCUAUAAUUAUCAAUGGAAGAAUAUUUAUGUGGCAUAGGUGAAGGUGAAGGUGAAGGUGAAGGCAGUAGCACGCCGGCGCCGGUGCCUAGCUACAACUACUACCACCCCUACACCUCUGCCUCUCCGGAGGAGAUCAAGGCCAAGAUCAUGUCACACCCCAAGUACUCCGAUCUCCUCGCGGCCUUCAUGGACUGCCAAAAGGUGGGAGCGCCGCCGGAGGUGGCGGCGAGGCUCUCGGCCAUGGCUCAUCGGCUUGCUUCGGAUCCCACCGCCGGCCGCAGCCAAGCUCCCCCCGACCCAGAGCUCGAUCAGUUCAUGGAUCUGUACUGCGAUGUGCUCAUCAAAUACCAGGAAGAACUAACGAGACCAUUGCAAGAGGCCAAGGACUUCCUCAACAAGAUCGAGUCACAGCUUAAUAUGCUCACCAAUGAGCUUCUUCUCUCCGGGGCUGGUUCCUCCGACAAGGACCAGGACGGUGACAGCAGGGGAGAGGCCGAACGUCGAGAUGCAGAUCGUCCUGCCGAAGACAAAGAGCUGAAGCAGCACCUGUUGAAAAAGUAUGGUAGCUACUUGAGUGGCCUCAGGCAAGAGCUUUCCAAGAAAAAGAAGAAAGGCAGGCUACCGAAGGAUGCCCGGCAGAAGCUCCUCAACUGGUGGGAGCUGCACUACAAAUGGCCAUAUCCAUCAGAAAUGGAGAAGGUGGCACUGGCGGAAUCCGCCCGCCUCGACCAGAAGCAAAUCAAUAACUGGUUCAUAAACCAAAGAAAAAGGCAUUGGAAACCAUCUGAGGACGCGAAACUAUACGUGAUGGAUGGCUACCGUCCUCAGACUGGUGGUGGUGGUCUCUUCAGUAUGGAUGGGCAAUUCAUGAGCUUUGGACCAUGAUGGUUUAAGCUCUUUCGCUAAUUAAAGCAUCAUUUAAUUUGCUGCUUUAUGUAUCUUUGUAUUGUAGUCCUUAAUCAAAGGCUCCAUGUGGGCUUGAUUUACUAGUAUCAGUGUAAAGGAAAGUGUAUGUUUGUACCAGACUGCUCUCGAUGAUGAAUGAUAAGCUGAAUAAACUAUUGUAUUAGUUCUUGUAUUUGGUAAGUAUAUAAAGAGCAGAAGAAAUGAGAGCAUGGCACUGUAA